GACACGAUAGCUCACCGAGUCGCUUCACUUCACAUAUCUCUCACGAAGCAUCAAAAAGUCUCUUUCUUUUAUCCGUUGAUUCUCAUUUGAUUUAGUGUUACAGUGUUUGAGGAGAGAGAGAGAGAGAGAUAAAGAUGACGGGGAAGGCGUUGUUACCGGAGCUUUGGACGGAGAUUUUGGUGCCGGUGUGCGCGGUGGUGGGAAUCGCCUUCUCGCUGUUCCAGUGGUAUAUAGUCUCUGGCGUGAAACUCACCGCCGAUCGUGGCGCGUCUUCGGAAAGUGAAGACGGGAAGAAUGGAAAUGAGGAUUAUCUGAUAGAGGAAGAGGAAGGGGUUAAUGAUGAGAGCGUCGUUGCCAAAUGCGCUGAGAUUCAGACCGCUAUAUCUGAAGGUGCAACCUCAUUUCUAUUCACCGAGUACAAAUACGUUGGCGUCUUCAUGGUUCUCUUCGCCGCCAUCAUCUUUCUCUUCCUCGGCUCUGUCCAAGGCUUCAGCACCAAGAGCCAGCCUUGCACUUACGACAAGACCAGAACAUGCAAGCCUGCCCUCGCCACCGCCGUCUUCAGCACCAUCUCCUUCGUCCUCGGCGCGGUGACCUCAGUCCUCUCUGGCUUUCUCGGGAUGAAGAUCGCCACUUACGCCAACGCUAGAACCACCCUGGAAGCGAGGAGAGGCGUUGGGAAGGCCUUCAUCGUUGCGUUCAGGUCUGGCGCUGUGAUGGGUUUCCUUCUCGCUGCGAACGGUCUCUUGGUUCUUUACAUUACUAUCAACCUCUUCAAGAUUUACUACGGUGAUGACUGGGAAGGUCUCUUUGAGUCCAUCACUGGUUAUGGGCUUGGUGGAUCUUCCAUGGCGCUCUUUGGUAGAGUUGGUGGUGGGAUCUACACCAAGGCUGCUGAUGUUGGUGCUGACCUUGUGGGAAAAGUAGAAAGGAAUAUUCCAGAAGAUGAUCCAAGAAACCCUGCUGUGAUUGCUGAUAAUGUGGGUGACAAUGUUGGUGACAUUGCUGGGAUGGGCUCUGAUCUGUUUGGAUCAUACGCAGAAUCAUCUUGUGCUGCGCUUGUUGUUGCUUCCAUCUCCUCCUUUGGAAUCAACCAUGACUUCACUGCCAUGUUGUUCCCCUUGCUCAUCAGUUCAGUGGGAAUCUUGGUUUGUUUGAUCACUACCCUCUAUGCAACCGACAUCUCUGAGAUUAAGGCUGUUAAGGAGAUUGAACCUGCGUUGAAAAACCAGCUUAUCAUUUCGACGGUUAUCAUGACUGCUGGAAUAGCUCUAGUGUCGUGGAUUGGGUUACCAUCUUCCUUCACCAUCUUCAACUUUGGGACACAGAAAGUUGUGAAAAACUGGGAGCUAUUCCUGUGUGUUGCUGUUGGUCUCUGGGCUGGACUCAUUAUCGGCUUUGUUACUGAAUACUACACAAGUAAUGCAUACAGCCCUGUGCAAGACGUGGCAGAUUCAUGCAGGACCGGAGCAGCAACCAACGUUAUAUUCGGACUUGCUCUUGGAUACAAAUCCGUCAUCAUUCCAAUCUUUGCGAUUGCUGUCAGUAUAUUCGUUAGCUUCAGCUUUGCUGCCAUGUACGGUGUGGCGGUUGCUGCUCUUGGGAUGCUCAGUACCAUUGCAACUGGUUUGGCGAUUGAUGCUUAUGGUCCGAUCAGUGACAAUGCUGGUGGCAUUGCUGAGAUGGCUGGAAUGAGCCAUCGCAUCCGAGAAAGAACCGACGCUCUUGAUGCUGCUGGUAACACCACUGCUGCUAUCGGAAAGGGUUUUGCGAUUGGCUCUGCUGCUCUUGUGUCUUUGGCGUUGUUUGGUGCAUUUGUGAGCCGAGCAGGAGUACAGACGGUGGAUGUGUUGACCCCAAAGGUGGUGAUAGGGCUGCUAGUUGGAGCGAUGCUUCCUUAUUGGUUCUCUGCAAUGACGAUGAAGAGCGUGGGAAGUGCAGCUCUUAAGAUGGUGGAAGAAGUGAGGAGGCAGUUCAACACCAUCCCCGGACUCAUGGAAGGUACCGCGAAACCAGACUAUGCAACAUGCGUCAAGAUAUCAACGGAUGCUUCCAUCAAGGAGAUGAUUCCUCCUGGUUGCCUUGUCAUGCUUACUCCUCUCAUUGUCGGUUUCUUCUUCGGCGUUGAGACCCUCUCUGGUGUCCUCGCUGGCUCCCUUGUCUCAGGAGUUCAGAUUGCUAUAUCAGCAUCUAACACUGGAGGAGCCUGGGACAAUGCCAAGAAGUACAUUGAGGCGGGGGCAUCAGAGCACGCGAGGAGCUUAGGACCAAAAGGGUCAGAGCCACACAAGGCAGCAGUGAUAGGUGACACAAUAGGAGACCCACUGAAGGAUACAUCAGGACCGUCGCUUAACAUAUUGAUAAAGCUAAUGGCUGUUGAGUCUCUCGUCUUUGCUCCCUUCUUUGCCACGCAUGGAGGUUUCCUCUUCAGGAUCUUCUCGUGAAGUUGAAGGCUAACUUAUAUAAUAAAAAAACCUAUUUCUCACUCUUUUUACAUCUUUUUUUUUUCGGUGGUGGUGGUUUACUUUUUGUUUAGUGGUUUCAUUACGAAAAGUUAAAAUGAUGUUAUACUUGUGUUCUUUUGCCAAAAGAAAAAAGAACAAUCUCAUUCAACA